GCCAAAGAACCACAAAGGCGAAAUCAAAACCAGUUUAGUUUGGCGCCGGCUUUAUUCAAAACACGUUGUGUGCGUGCUCAUAAUAAAUUGAAAUUUAAAAAAAAAAACGUUAUCAAAAAGUUCGUAGUUGACGUGAAAAAUGACUCAUUACAAAAAAGUUCGUGCGCUUUAAAAAAAUAGGUAAGAAGUUGGGGGCAGCAGAAUGCGUGAAAGUCUGCGUCGCCUGGCGUCAGAUGACGGCAUGGCAGCGCGACUGAACGCUGGCAGAGUUCGCGUCGAACUGCUCACUGGGGAACACAUUACCGUUGACGUUGAGAGAAAAGCCACGGGUGGCGAUCUCUUGGACAGGGUGUGCGAUGUUCUGGACGUGAUGGAGAAGGACUACUUCGGCCUGCUGCACGUGCAGCGCGGGGACCCCCGGGUGUGGGUGGACUUGAGGAGACGACUCUCCAAAACAUUCAGAAAUGAGCCCUGGGACGUCAGGUUCGCUGCCAAGUUCUACCCGCCAGAGCCCUGCGAGCUGAGGGAUGACCACUCUCGGUACCAGCUCGGUCUCGCCGUGAGACGGGAUCUUAUGGAAGGUCGUCUAACAUGCUCGAACAUCACAUACGCUCUACUCGCGUCGUACGUGCUCCAAUCAGAAUUGGGCGACAGGGAAGCGCGCGUGAGCACGGCCUUGAUCUCCGCGCACAACUCCGUGCCGCUCCACGUGCUCACGCCUGACCUGGAGGAUAAGGUCGACGAGUUGUACAGGAAACACAGAGGUCAAACGCCAGCAGAAGCAGAACUCAACUACCUCGAGAAUGCCAAAAAACUAGCGAUGUAUGGCGCAGAAGUGCACAGUGUGAAGGAUUCUGACGACGUGGACAUUUGCCUCGCCGUCUGCGCAGCCGGCAUCUCUGUUGUUAGAGACGGGUUCAUAAUGAACCGCUUCCCGUGGACCAAGAUCCUGAAGAUCAGCUACAACAAACGGAUCUACACCCUGAGGCUGCGAGCCGGCGAGUAUGACGAGUACGAGACCUACCUCAGCUUCAAGCUGCCUUCCACGAGCGCCAGCAAGCGGCUGUGGCGCUGCAGUGUGGAACAUCACAUGUUCUUCCGACGUGAAGAGCCAGUGAAAGUUGAGCGCAUAUCCGGGUUUCCGCGCUUCGGCUCCCGCCGCGUGUCGUGCCGCCGCACUCUGCGACAACUGCGCACCGCGCCUCCUCACAACACUCUCAUCGCUAGCUAGGGAACACCCGCCGCAUGUCGCGUCACGUAGUCACACGACAUGCCUAUUUUAUACAGGGUGUAACCAGAACGCUAGCAAAAACUUUGCCUUAUCCACCUACGAUGCGGCAUUGACUUCAAGGGACCUAUUUACGGAACGUUCGUAGACCCCUAGCGUCAGAUGUUCUAUUUGCAAUACCUAUAUUGUAAACUUUUUAAAAAAUACAGGAUUUUUAAUCGUGCUUUUUUAUGGUAACUUAUCAGUAAUUAUCAGUACUAUCACCUGUCUUCGUUUUGCUAGCAUUCUAGUUACACCCUGUAUUAUCAUCAUUAUCAGCAGAUAAACGUCCACUGGUGGACAUAGCUGUCUCUUAGGGUAUUCCACACACCACGGUUUUGCACCGCCGCCAUCCAGCCUACGACACGUUUGACGUUGUCUAUCAACGUAGUGGGAGGUCUCCCAACGUUUCGCUUUCCAAUGCGAAGUCACCAUUCUACCACCCUGGGACCAACAUGUCUAUCAAUUUUUCGAAUUAUAUACCCUGCCCAUUACUACUUCAGCUACAGAACCCUAUGCUUAGCUAUGCCGGUUACUCUGAUUCUUCUCAUUUCUGAUUUGAUCACGUAGGUUUUGCAUCGCGAAACAAUAGAAAAUUGGCACAAGUACCUAAAGAAGGCGAAAAAUGCUGAACCAUGAAAAUUAUGAUUCCGAUGCGUUAUUUAAAAACCGACCAAGUGCACAGUAUUUGAACAAUUUAUUUGUUAUAACGUAAUAAAUUAUUCGAACAGGUAAACUUAAACUCACCUAUUCACUUGUUCAAAUUCACCUGUAAAACGCAGUGCAAAAUUUCUGGAUAGUCGUAAAGACAAAUCUUUAUUUUUUUUUCAGUUUAAAACAUUUACUAAAAUGGAAAGAUAUUAUGAUUUAUGAAGUAUAAUAGGUAGAUGUUUAUCUUACAAGUGCGAUAAACAUGUUGUAAUAAAGUUAAGGUCGAGGCAGUAACUGCCUGUUAUUAUCAAUGCAAACACGGAACAUCACUUUUUCAAUGUUUCAAGCAAACAAAACUCUCCAUUCAAGGGCAAUUUACAUUAGUAAUGAAUUAACCUGUUGCUGAGUUCAGAAAAAAAUUAAAAUCUAAUCUAGUAUCUAUCUAUCAUGGUUUACUAUUUUUUUCAAUCAUUUUUAAUGUGAAAAAAGGUUCUUGUUACAAGUUUUUCUUUUAAUUUCAAUCUUAAAAAUUAGCAAGUAAUUCUGCUGGGACUGAGUUUGUUAAAAGCGGACAUGGAAACUUUAUUUAUAAUUUUUGAUAACUUAGCCCUUAACAGCGAUCUGGCUAAAGACAAUAUAGUCUAUAAGAUAGAAGGUGAUUAACUUAAAAAGUAUAUCCUAAUCGUUGAACUAUGACUACCGGCAUCGUGGAAAUGAAAAUGAGAAAUUCAACGGCCGGCAAAUAGAAUAUUCCCAACUAUGUAACAGGCCCGCUAUUUCAAAGUUUGUUUAACAUUAAUUUAUCUUUUAUGUAUACUAAAAACAUCAACAAUCUUACUAACACAUAUUAUUAUACCUAAAUGUGAAAGUUUGAAUGUUUCAUGCCAAAAUGACUGACUCAAUUAGGGUCAUCAUCAUCAGAAUGGGUGUUCUUAGCAUAUAUUAGAAAAAUCUAAGAAUUCUCACGGGGUU